UCAUUGCGAAAAGAAGGCAAAUUUGAGAUUUUUGAGAGUAAUUUUUUACUGCAGGAAUUAGUAAUUACAAAUGUUUUUACUGUAUCAACUAUCAAGGAAUUAGAUAUUUUCAACUUUGACUGAUGGAAUUUAGUUAAGACUGAGAGUCAUGACAUAUCAUUGGUCCAUAUCUAUCCAUAUCUCGGUAAAUCGUGGACUUUCUACAAUUUCAAUACAUUGAGAGGAGAUACCAGUCAUUUUGAAGAUUAUGCAACAUAUUAUAGAUAUUUGAUCGAACCUUGAACCACGUCCAGAAAGGAUCAAAUGGCGUCGUCUCGUCUUGUACAGAGAAAAAUCAUUGACUUUGCUCGUAAACCUGCAAUAUCUCGCGCCAUGGCUAGUUCAAUGUUUCCAGCCAAGGUCAACCCAAUGUUGCCUAAGGAUUGCUUUGUGAACAAGACAGCGUUUAUAACUGGAGGAGGUACAGGUCUUGGUAGAGGAAUGGCUGAGAUGUUGUCCAGGUUGGGUGCUACUGUCGUCAUUGCCAGCAGAAAACUUGAUGUGCUACAAAAAACUGCUGAAGAGAUCAGUAAAGAUACUAAAAAUGAGGUCUACCCUGUACAGAUGGAUGUCCGGGAUCCCGAAGCUAUCAAAAACGCAGUGGACAUCUUUGUUGGAAAAUUCGGUCUGCCUGAUAUUGUGAUCAAUAAUGCAGCUGGAAAUUUCAUUUCGCCAACGGAGCGACUUUCGCCCAAUGCAUGGAAAACCAUAGUGGAUAUUGUGCUGAAUGGAACAGCUUAUGUAACAUUGGACAUUGGGAAACGUCUGAUAAAGGCGGGAAAAGGCUGCAAUUUUUUAGCAAUUACAACGGUCUAUGCGAAAACUGGUUCGGGAUUUGUAGUGCCUUCAGGAGCUGCGAAGGCAGGAGUUGAAACUUUGACAAGGUCGUUGGCAGCUGAAUGGGGAAGAUAUGGUAUGCGGUUUAACGCUAUAGCACCUGGUCCUAUUGAAACAGAGGGUGCAUUUUCAAGGCUGGACCCAACUGGCCAGUUUAAGGAGGAAUUAAUAAAGCAAUUGCCUGUCGGUCGUUUGGGAGAAAUCAAUGAGCUCGCUAAUCUAGCUUCAUACUUGGUUAGCGAUUACUCGUCUUGGUUAACUGGAGAGAUCAUCAACCUUGAUGGUGGUGAGACACCUGCGAAGGGUGAGUUUAAUGGACUAUCAAAGGUAACCAAUGAACAAUGGGACAUGUUGGAGGGAAUGAUCAGAAAAUCUUCAAAAUCUCAAAAAUCAAAGCUGUAAUAUAUUUAUACAUGGUACA